CCCGGUGUUCUGGAGCGCGCCGAGCAGAGCGGAGCCAGGAUCCCGAACAAGAUGAUGAUGGUUCUGCAGCCCGAGGGUCUGGGGACCGGGGAGGGGCCCUUCGCGGGCGGCCGUGGGGGCGGCGAAUACAUGGAACAGGAGGAGGACUGGGACCGCGACCUGCUGUUGGACCCGGCCUGGGAGAAGCAGCAGCGGAAAACCUUCACUGCCUGGUGCAACUCACACCUGCGCAAGGCUGGCACCCAGAUCGAGAACAUCGAGGAGGAUUUCCGCAAUGGCCUCAAACUCAUGUUGCUCCUGGAGGUUAUUUCAGGAGAGAGGCUGCCCAGACCAGACAAAGGCAAGAUGCGCUUCCACAAGAUCGCCAAUGUCAACAAGGCCCUGGAUUUCAUUGCCAGCAAGGGGGUGAAGCUGGUGUCCAUCGGUGCUGAAGAGAUUGUUGACGGGAACCUGAAGAUGACCCUGGGCAUGAUCUGGACCAUCAUCCUUCGCUUUGCCAUCCAGGACAUCUCCGUGGAAGAAACCUCGGCCAAGGAAGGUUUGCUCCUGUGGUGUCAGCGGAAGACGGCGCCGUACCGCAACGUCAACGUGCAGAACUUCCACACCAGCUGGAAGGAUGGGCUGGCCCUCUGUGCUCUCAUCCACCGACACCGCCCUGACCUCAUUGACUAUGCCAAACUGCGCAAGGACGACCCCAUCGGCAACUUGAACACCGCCUUUGAGGUGGCCGAGAAGUACCUGGACAUCCCUAAGAUGCUGGAUGCAGAAGACAUUGUGAACACCCCAAAGCCUGAUGAGAAGGCCAUCAUGACCUACGUCUCCUGCUUCUACCACGCCUUCGCCGGGGCGGAGCAGGCAGAGACAGCCGCCAACAGGAUCUGCAAAGUGCUGGCCGUGAACCAGGAGAACGAGAAGCUGAUGGAGGAAUAUGAAAAGCUGGCCAGUGAGCUGCUGGAAUGGAUCCGCCGGACCGUGCCGUGGCUGGAGAACCGCGUGGGCGAGCCCAGCAUGAGCGCCAUGCAGCGCAAGCUGGAAGACUUCCGGGACUACCGGCGCCUGCACAAGCCGCCCCGCGUGCAGGAGAAGUGCCAGCUGGAGAUUAACUUCAACACGCUGCAGACCAAGCUGCGGCUGAGCCACCGGCCGGCCUUCAUGCCAUCUGAGGGCAAGCUGGUCUCGGACAUCGCCAACGCAUGGCGGGGCCUGGAGCAGGCAGAGAAGGGCUAUGAGGAUUGGCUGCUCUCCGAGAUCCGGCGCCUACAGCGGCUACAGCACCUGGCAGAGAAGUUCCAGCAGAAGGCCUCCCUGCAUGAAGCCUGGACCCGGGGAAAGGAGGACAUGCUGAGCCAGAGGGACUACGAGACGGCUUCGCUGCAGGAGGUGCGGGCCUUGCUGCGGCGCCACGAGGCCUUCGAGAGCGACCUGGCGGCGCACCAGGACCGCGUGGAGCACAUCGCUGCGCUGGCCCAGGAGCUCAAUGAGCUGGACUACCACGAGGCAGCCUCGGUGAACAGCCGCUGCCAGGCCAUCUGCGACCAGUGGGACAACCUGGGCACGCUGACCCAGAAGAGGCGGGAUGCGCUGGAGCGGAUGGAGAAGCUCCUGGAGACCAUCGAUCAGCUACAGCUGGAGUUUGCCCGGCGGGCAGCGCCCUUCAACAACUGGCUGGAUGGCGCCGUGGAGGACCUGCAGGACGUGUGGCUGGUGCACUCAGUGGAGGAGACCCAGAGCUUGGUGACAGCACACGACCAGUUCAAGGCAACACUGCCCGAGGCCGACCGAGAGAGGGGCGCCAUCCUGGGCAUCCAGGGUGAGAUCCAGAAGAUCUGCCAAACGUACGGACUGCGGCCCAGCUCCACCAACCCCUACAUCGCCCUCACCCCGCAGGACAUCAACACCAAGUGGGACACGGUCCGAAAGCUGGUACCCAGCCGUGACCAGAUGCUGCAGGAGGAGCUGACGCGGCAGCAGGUGAACGAGAGGCUCCGGCGGCAGUUUGCAGCCCAGGCCAACGCCAUCGGGCCCUGGAUCCAGGGGAAGGUGGAGGAAGUGGGGCGCCUAGCCGCAGGGAUGGCUGGCUCUCUGGAGGAGCAGAUGGCGGGCCUGCGGCAGCAGGAGCAGAAUAUCAUCAACUACAAGAGCAACAUCGACCGGCUGGAGGGAGACCACCAGCUGCUGCAGGAGAGUCUGGUGUUUGACAACAAGCACACGGUCUACAGCAUGGAGCACAUCCGCGUGGGCUGGGAGCAGCUGCUCACCUCCAUCGCCCGCACCAUCAACGAGGUGGAGAACCAGGUACUGACCCGAGACGCCAAGGGCCUGAGUCAGGAGCAGCUCAACGAGUUCCGGGCAUCUUUCAACCACUUUGACCGGGUCAGCAGGGGCCUCGCCCUGUGGGGUGGUGGACUUGGGGGCUGGCUGGGAGGCGGAGAUCGGGGCCAGAGCCUGACAUCUGCUCCCCAACUACAGAAGCGGAACGGCAUGAUGGAGCCUGAUGACUUCCGGGCCUGCCUCAUCUCCAUGGGCUAUGACCUGGGGGAGGUGGAGUUUGCUCGCAUCAUGACCAUGGUGGACCCCAACGCGGCUGGGGUUGUGACCUUCCAAGCCUUCAUCGACUUUAUGACCCGAGAGACAGCCGAGACGGACACGGCUGAGCAGGUUGUGGCCUCGUUCAAGAUCCUGGCGGGAGACAAGAACUACAUCACCGCCGAGGAGCUGCGGCGGGAACUCCCGGCGGAGCAGGCUGAGUACUGCAUCCGCCGCAUGGCGCCCUACAAGGGGGCCGGGGCUCCAGUUGGAGCCCUGGACUACGUGGCCUUCUCCAGUGCCCUCUACGGGGAGAGUGACCUCUGACCUUGACCCCCGAGCUUCCCUACUCAAGUCCGGAGAGAGGGUGCUCCCUCCGGCUGAUCCCACCCAUCCCUUGGGGCCAGGGCCACAGAGCCGAGUGUUUCUCAAUAAAGAUCCAUCGUGGGCCCCUCUC